GCAGCAACAAUUUAAAAAAAUUAUUUCAAGAUGGAGGAUCUCAAAGAUCGAACCAAAAGAUAUCACAAGAUAUGUUUUCUUGGUGAAGGACAGUUUGCCACAGUAUAUAAAGCAGAAGACACUGAAAAUUCUAACAGAAUUGUUGCAGUAAAGAAGAUAAAACUGGGUCACAGGGCAGAGGCAGUGGAUGGUGUUAACAGAACAGCUUUACGAGAGAUCAAACUGCUUCAAGAACUUUCUCAUCCCAAUAUAGUUGGGCUUCUUGAUGUAUUUGGACAUAAAUCGAAUAUCAGCCUUGUUUUUGAUUUCAUGGAAACUGAUUUAGAGGUCAUAAUAAAGGAUUCAAAGAUAGUACUCACGCCAGCUCAUAUCAAGAGCUACAUGCUGAUGACUGUGAAAGGCUUGGAAUACCUACAUGCAAACUGGAUUCUUCAUAGAGAUCUGAAACCUAACAAUUUACUGGUCGAUGAAAAGGGUGUACUAAAAAUAGCCGAUUUUGGUUUAGCAAGAUCUUUUGGUUCGCCUAAUAGGAUAUAUUCCCACCAAGUCGUAACUAGGUGGUAUCGAUGUCCUGAACUUUUGUUUGGUGCAAAAAAUUAUGGUGUUGGAAUCGAUAUGUGGGCAGUUGGUUGCAUCCUAGCUGAGCUUCUACUUCGGGCCCCUUUUCUUCCUGGCGACUCAGACCUCGACCAGCUUAGCCGCAUAUUUCAAACUCUUGGAACUCCAACUGACAAAGAAUGGCCGGGGAUAAAGGAUCUGCCAGAUUAUAUAUCAUUUAAUAAAUUUCCGGCUAUUCCAUUACACGACAUAUUCUCGGCUGCUGGGGAUGAUUUAUUGGAUUUGCUGUACAGGCUGUUUAGGUACUUUCCACCAGAGCGUAUAACUGCCACGAAGGCUUUGCAGCAUAAAUACUUUAGCAACAAGCCUGCACCAACACCAGGCGAGCUAUUACCAAAUUGUUCCUCGACUAAGUCAGAGAAUGAUGACCAGAAUACAUCAGUUUCGUCAAACCUCAAAAGAAAGCUGGAAGAAAACGGCGAUUUUGGCCCGUUAGCAAAGAAGCUGAUAUUCUAGAGCCCUGGAACUACAUGGCUUCACACAAGUGCAACCACAAAAAACCAUGGAACCUCCGGGAUGCUAGCAGAUGGUUGGAAGAGCUGUUUGUCGCUAGAUAGUUUGUGUUGUGUAAUGACGCCAUUAGCCCCCAAACAAGAGAUAGACACUAAGCGUCAAGAGUCAGUUUGUGAAACUGUGUUUUCCAGUAGCCUAGGAACAGGUUUAAAACGUUUGCUUCUAAAUUUAUAUGCCUUUUUAGAAGGAGCUGCUAAAGCGGUAAUUCGGUAUUAAAAGCUGUACUGGGCCAAUUCUAAUUCAGUAAACGUUGUCUACUUUUAUAGGCAGCUUAUUUCAGUUAGUUGCUAAUGAAAUAGCAAAUGUUUAGUUACAAGAUGUCCUUGACUGUCAUAGAUUGCUAGGCAUAUAUGCUAAGGUCGGUUUGCUACUGGUGAGAAAUAGAAUAAAAAUUAAGUAAUUUUAUUUAUUGUGCGUCUUAUUCGUGCUACUCAGCAGCCCAAUAUUGAAUUCACGUGAAACAGCUUGCGACAGACACACCAUAUCACUAGGUAAACACUCGAACAUGUUUUGGCAGGAACCAUAUGAUAGCCUCAGUUGGGCCUUUAUAUUGAACUGUGGAAAGAUCAGAUUGUGCCACGCACCGUUGUAAGAGCAGUGAAUUGAAACGAUUUAUUUGUGUUUGUAUACUUAAUGCUAUGUUGCAAAUUAAUACCUUUAUUACUGCGUAAGUACGAACACGAUUCCUAAAUUUUCGAAUUUACAUCAAAAGUAAAAGAAUAUAAA